AUGUCCACCCGCGUUCUUCUGCACGUGAGUGCGUUUUCUCUAUCCCAAGUGAACUCCCAACGUCUCUUUUCCGUGGAGUAUGCUGUAAAGUCAGGGGCGGAUCCAGCCUUUUGGUACCGGGUUCAUCUGAACCCAUUGGGAAAAGCUGUUCAUGCACUUCUUGUUGUUUCUAGUAAUGUCUCAGAAGACCACAUAAUUCAGAAUAAUUGUCUCAUUAAUCUCUACUCGAGGUGUGGACAACUUGCUGUUGCUCGGCAGGUGUUUGACAGAUUGAGUCAACGAAAUGUAGUUUCUUGGAGCUUUUUAAUGGCAGGGUAUUUGCACAAUGGGUAUGCUUGGGAAGUAACCAAAUUGUUCAAAGACAUGAUUUCAGUGGAUAAAAUAUUCCCAAAUGAGUAUGUCUUGUCUACCGUACUUUCUUCUUGUUCUAGCGGUGGUUUGCUACACGAAGGGCGGCAGUGUCAUGCGUUAGUGUUGAAAGCAGGAUUGGUCUUUCAUCAAUAUGUGAAGAAUGCUCUUCUAUCCUUGUAUACAGUGUCUUCAGAUAUGGAAGGGGUUUUGGAAAUCUUGAAGUCUGUUCCUGGAUUAGACAUCAUUACUUAUAAUUCUAUACUGAAGGGGUUCUUGGAUCAUGGGUAUACAAGUGAAGCGUUGGAUGUUUUCUCAAGGAUGUUGGCUGACGGCUCGGCGGGGGAUAGUGUCAGUUACGUGAACAUAUUUGGUCUUUGUGCUCGCUUCAAGGAUUUGAAGUUGGGUAAGCAAGUUCACUGCAGAAUGCUGAAGUCUGGUCUUCAGCUUGAUGUGUUUCUAAGCAGUGCAAUCAUGGACAUGUACGGAAAGUGUGGUGAAAUUUCAGGUGCAAGAUAUAUUUUUGAUUCUUAA